CAGAUCUAUCACAUGAAAAAAAUGGCUAUGGAAAAUGCCUCUUCAGUGACUGAGUUCAUUUUCAUGGGAUUAACAGCCCAACCUGAGCUCCAGCUGCCUUUGUUUUUCCUGUUCUUGGUGAACUAUUUAGCCACUGUGAUGGGAAACCUGAGCCUAAUGAAUCUCAUUUUCCUGAAUUCACAUCUUCAUUCCCCUAUGUACUUUUUUCUCUUCAAUUUGUCCUUUGUUGAUUUCUGUUAUUCAUUUGUCUGUACCCCCACAAUGCUGAUGAGUUUUGUUUUAGAGAAGAACACCAUCUCCUUCACAGCAUGCAUGACUCAGCUCUUUUUCUUCUGCUUUUUUGUUGAUUCUGAGUGCUGUGUGCUGACAGCCAUGGCCUAUGAUCGCUACUUGGCCAUCUGUAAGCCCUUGAUGUAUGCCAUCACUAUGUCUCCUAGGACCUGUUGUCUGUUGAUGUUUGGUUCAUACUUGAUGGGGUUCGCUAGCGCCAUGGUUCACACAGGGUGCAUGGUCAGACUGAUCUUUUGUGAUUCCAACAUCAUCAAUCACUACAUGUGUGAAAUCUUCCCUCUUCUACAGCUCUCCUGCAGUAGCACUUAUACCAAUGAGCUCGUGAGUUCUCUCAUUGCCAGUAUAGUUGUCGUUGUGUCUAGCCUCAUCAUUUUAAUGUCAUAUGCUUCAAUCCUUUUAAAUAUCAUUCAGAUGUCAUCAGCUACGGGUUUGUCCAAAGCCAUGAACACUUGUGGUUCUCACAUCGCAACUGUUGGUUUGUUCUAUGGAUCUGGGCUGCUUACUUACAUCACACCAGCAUCUGCGGAGUCUGUGGAUCAGGGGAAAUUUUUCUCAGUGUUUUACACCCUCAUGGUGCCCAUGCUAAAUCCCAUUAUUUACAGCCUUAGGAACAAGGACGUCAAAAUAGCAGUGAAGAGAACCAUUAAAAGAAUCACAAACUGA